CGACGAAACAUGGCUGCUGUCAAGUGAGCUGUUGAUAGUGUACCGAACAGUUACACUUCACUUUUAUGUUCUCUUUAAUUAUUUUAAAUAUUUGAAUUCAUAAGUGUAAUGUGACGAGGAUAGUUUCAAUAGUGUGCUUUUUUUACUUUGGAACCGUCACAAAUUCCUUCACCUGCGAUAGCGUGCCAGUUAGCAUUGGUAGCGACCUAAACUAGCUAGCUAGCUCACAGAGAACAAUGACUGCAAGCUCAUCGGGUGGAAACACCUGUCUCACUGCUAAAGGUUUGGACAUUAGUCUCGCCGCCCUGCAAAGACAAGAUCCUUACAUCAACAACAUUGUAGAUGUGGCGAGUCAAGUGGCGUUGUAUACUUUCAACAACCGAUCAAAUGAGUGGGUGAGUUAGGGGAUGUUACCUCUGUUCGCGCGCGCUUCUCUUUUCAACAAAGUUGCAUGCAUCUAACGUUAACUAACAUCGUGGCGGACAGAUAUGGAUGCCACAUUAUAAGCUAGUUUACCAGGUUGAAUUCACGUGGUUUUGGAAGAUUUGGCUUGUCAAUUUAGCAUUAACUAGUUCUCCAAUAAACUAGCUAGCUAGAAAGCUAGCUAACAUCACCCUAUACCGCUUUCACGUCCUAGUCGGCACUAGGAAACUCAAACGUCCGACUUGUUAACUGGUUGGACACGGCACGUGUAUAGCUAACAUAUUAGCAAGUUGGACGUUUCCUAAUUCCGACUAAGCACGUUAACGUGGCAAUAAUGCCUGCCAACUAUGUGCGUUAGAGAUGUCGACGAUGAAUAUGACGCGGCGUUCUAAACAACUGGGAACUCGGGAAAAAUACGAGGUCAAAUCAUGAGGUCAGUGAUCUUCAGGUCGGAGUUCUACAAAGAGGCCCGAGUUCCCGAGGUGGAUGACCGUUCAAAUCGAUUUUUCACAGUCCGAGAUCGUUUUAUUCCCGAGGUCCCAGAUGUUUGAACGCUCGGAAGUCGGAGAUUUACGAGUUCCCAGUUGUUUUGAAGGCGGCAUAUCGCCCAAGAAGCUCAGAUUCAAACUCCCAUUACACAGCUCAGCAAGCGUUUUGUCAAAAUACGUUUGUUACUCACAAAAUAUGGAGUUUCGCAGAACAACUAUCUUAAUGUGUAUGUGUAUUUAUUUAUUUGACAAACAACCGAAAAAAGCCUAUUUGAAACCUCCAUUGUAAAUUACACAUUAAUGCCACGCACAGGUCGGAAGUCUACAACAGCUCAAUAGCAUUAGAGCAUAUUUUCGGUUACUUUUCAUUUAGACCUUUUUUGGAAGUACGUACCGGCUGUAACGGGAGUAAAUUAAGAUAGUUGCUCAGCAAGACUCCAUAUUUGGUGAGUAACGAACGCAUUUUGACAUUAUAGCUAACGCUUGCAGAGCUGUCUAAUGGGAGUUUAAAUGUAAAAAAUGUAAAUGAGUUUAAAUCGGAGCUUCAAGGCCCCGGUUUCCGAUAGCGAUGGAAUUUAGGCUUAAGAGUGUUUUCAAGAUGCAUCUUUCCUACAACAGCUGAAGAUGUAACAUGCGUUUCCCAAAACACCACGCAGAGAGAAGAAUGGUUGCUAAAAGGCUCUGCAUGGUCAAUCCGACGUCAGCAGUGGCCAGACAGCAUUUACUGUAAUGCGGCCUAUGCAGAACUCAGAGCAAACAUACUUUUUGUGCUUUGCAGAGCUGUUGUCAAGGAAGUGAGUUUGUGUUUAUACAGGACCUCCCGCCCCCACCCACGUCAACCAAUCAUGUAAAUGUGGAGCUGUAUGUAGUCCUUCACAUUGUUACAUUUUGAGAGGCGCACGUGAAAUGUAGUCAGAGGCCCCUAUGGAGGGUGUGACACAAUUGCAGAGCCUCCGGAGGCACGCAGAGGCCAAAUUGAGCUCCGUACCGCAUCUCCGUGCGCCUCCCAAAUGUUGUAACAAUGCGGCGGGCUCCAAAUAGCUCUGCAUUGAAUUGAUUGGGUGACGGUAGGUCCUGUAUAAACACAAAUUCACAUCCUUGACAAUUUCUUUCACAGCAGCUCGGCUCAACAGCUCUGCGCUGCUCCGCGAAGGGCAAGAAGUAUGAAUGCCCUGACUUCUGCGGAGGUUAUAUCACCGUAAACGCUGCAUGGCCCAAUGCAGACGUCGGAUUCACCGCGCCACGCCUUUUAGGAUACACAUCAUGAAAUAUGUCGAGACACAUUAGACAGUAGCCUACAAGUAGCAAAAUAAAACUGAUUUGAAAUAUGCCUAUAGUUUACUGUUUGUUUUAAUGCAGCCAAUCUUGGUUUUCAUUUGAAGCCUCUUUUUAUACGUUGCUUGACUUGUAUCAAUUGCAAAGACAUUGGCAACUUCUGUAUUUGUAGUCAACUUUGUUCUGAAGUUAUCGCGGUCACGGAGAGACGUAUACAUCUUGUGAUUCUCUAUGUUUAGUGGAUCUGUGUAUAAAGUGGGAGGGCAGGGAACCAUCCAACGACACAUUUAACUGUUCUACGAGUGGUCUGAGGCAGGCGUUAGAUUACGAGCGUUUUUCAAGUGCAACGUUAAUAACGAUGGUUUUGGGAAACAGCUCUGAGAUUUAACCAUGCUCCUACAAAGAUUCUAUGAACUUAUGCCACGUUCACGUGCUAGUUGGCACUAGGAAAUGUGAAAUAUUUCUGACUUGCUAACUGGUUGAACAUGACACGCGUAUAACUACAACCUGUUAGGAAGUCGGAAAUGUCAGAGUUCCGACUAUAACGUGAACGCGGCGUUAGCCUUAAGAUGCUUUUGGGAAACCAGGCCCUGGGCGUUAGAGGAGACGCAUCACGCUCAUCGUCAACAACUCGAACGCACAGAUACUGGAGCACAUAGUACCUAUUGCCCACCAGCUAGUUAUUAUAGUGAGAUGUGGUGGACAAGAGUAAGUAUUUAUCACAUUGCUACUAGUUUGUAAACAGCUGACAGUUUUCAGACUGACAUAGUAGUAGAUAGGUCAGUGAAUAUGGGCCACCCAGAACCAAAUCUUGUGUGAAUGCUUGCCUCUGGAUUUGGGCAAUUCCAAGGGAACAGAAUAAUGCUGAGACACAGAUUUUAUCAUUUUGAAAUAUGUGCCAAACAAAAACUAAAGAUUUGCAAAGUUAAACAAACCAUACAACUCCAUGCACAAGGAUGACUUUUAAGAAUAUCUUACAAAAACACAUUUACUUGAUGCAGGGUGCAAAGUUUGGUAACAUUAACAGGAUCACGGUUUGUGCUAUUUGUGCCGUCAUUCUGUUACCAAACUUUGCAUCUGCACUGUUCUUCAAGUAAAUGUGUUUUUCCAUCCUUGUGCAUAGAGUUAUGUGGUUUAACUUUGCAAUCAUUGGUUUUUGUUUGGCAUACAUUUUAAAAGUGAAAAAUCAGAGUCUCAGAAUCAUUCUGUUAUCGUGGAAUUGCCCACUUGGUUCUGAAGGUGGGUGUGACGGUGGUGAACCCCUCCCCUUUCAAACAUAAAAAAAAUGCAGAUGUAGGUGCCCCCCCCCCCCCCCCCCCCCCCCCCCGAAAUCAUGAUUGGUCCAAAUAAUCGGUGACUCAAUCAUCGCACCGGUAGACGUUUUCUUCAUAUCCCACAGCCUACGUAACAUUUUGCUAUGAAUGUUAAGGAGAGAUCAAUCAAGACUCUGUUCAAGCAAAUCAAUGUCCUUAAUUCAUUCAACCCUAAUCAGUUACUGUAUGUUGUGUUUGUUUUGCAGGAGAAGACUGACGUGGAGGGGACCCUGUUUGUGUACACAAGGUAUAAUGGGUCUUUUACGAUGCUAGCUAAUUACUUUCUCUGUGUACUUCCCCCGGGAGCGCUGAAACUUGGUUGGAUCCGUCCCAAAUGUUGCCCUAUAUAGGGAAUAGGGUGCCAUUUGGGACCAGUCUCUGUGUAUACUUCAGCUGUGAGCUGAGAAGCCUGCCUCCAUCAGGUUAAACAUAAUGGGCUUAGUGGGCUAGCUACGUCAGCCUCACUCUGAACAGAUUGGUUAUCACUCAGUAGACUAUUCUGGCCUGUAGCCUGGAAGAGCCAUGACUACUCCCACACACCCUAUCCCACCCAGGAAAUGGGUCAUAAACAUGUAAUACCUUUCUGUUUCCUUAUAGGCCUACUUGAACAUGUAAUACCUUUCUGUUUCCUUAUAGGCCUACUUGAACAUGUAAUACCUUUCUGUUUCCUUAUAGGCCUACUUGAACAUGUAACACCUUUCUGUUUCCUUGUAGGCCUACUUGAACAUGCAGCACCUUUCUGUUUCCUUGUUGUCCUACUUGAACAUGCAACACCUUUCCGUUUCCUUGUAGGCCUACUUGUACAUACAUUACCACUGUAGUUCUUGUACUCUUAAGAAAAUUCUCAAACUCCGAUGCAUGCAUGUACUUACUGGUUAGUUUCCAGGCUGUUAGCGUGUUACACAGGUUAUUGAACUUGUAUGUAAUGUAAAGUACCUCCCGCUUUUAUUUAAAUGUUUUUAUUCAUGCCCUCCUGUGUACUUUGCUAUUAACUCUGGUAUAAGGCCUGUGCAAUGUAAAGUCCCUUAGCUCUUUCUAUUCAUGUCCUCCUGUUUGUCCUCAGGCUGGCGUCUCCCAGACAUGGCUUCACCAUAAUGAACAGGCUGAGCAUGGAGAACCUGACUGAACCCAUCACUAAAGACCUGGACUUCCAACUGCAGGACCCCUUCCUCCUCUACAGGAACGCUCGCUGUAAGUCCCCUGGGUUGUUCAGCCUGCCUACUCAGUCCCUGGGCUGUUCAGCCUGCCUACUCAGUACCUGGGCUGUUCAGCCUGCCUACUCAGUACCUGGGCUGUUCAGCCUGCCUACUCAGUACCUGGGCUGUUCAGCCUGCCUACUCAGUCCCUGGGCUGUUCAGCCUACCCACUCAGUCCCUGGGCUGUUCAGCCUACCCACUCAGUCCCCUGGGCUGUUCAGCCUGCCUACUCAGUCCCUGGGCUGUUCAGCCUACCCACUCAGUCCCCUGGGCUGUUCAGCCUGCCUACUCAGUCCCCUGGGCUGUUCAGCCUGCCUACUCAGUCCCCUGGGCUGUUCAGCCUACCUACUCAGUCCCCUGGGCUGUUCAGCCUGCCUACUCAGUCCCCUGGGCUGUUCAGCCUGCCUACUCAGUCCCCUGGGCUGUUCAGCCUGCCUACUCAGUCCCCUGGGCUGUUCAGCCUGCCUACUCAGUCCCCUGGGCUGUUCAGCCUGCCUACUCAGUCCCCUGGGCUGUUCAGCCUGCCUACUCAGUCCCCUGGGCUGUUCAGCCUGCCUACUCAGUCCCCUGGGCUGUUCAGCCUGCCUACUCAGUCCCCUGGGCUGUUCAGCCUACCUAUUCAGUACCUGGGCUGUUCAGCCUGCCUACUCAGUACCUGGGCUGUUCAGCCUACCCACUCAGUACCUGGGCUGUUCAGCCUACCUAUUCAGUACCUGGGCUGUUCAGCCUACCUAUUCAGUACCUGGGCUGUUCAGCCUGCCUACUCAGUACCUGGGCUGUUCAGCCUACCUAUUCAGUACCUGGGCUGUUCAGCCUGCCUACUCAGUACCUGGGCUGUUCAGCCUACCUACUCAGUACCUGGGCUGUUCAGCCUGCCUACUCAGUACCUGGGCUGUUCAGCCUGCCUACUCAGUACCUGGGCUGUUCAGCCUACCUACUCAGUACCUGGGCUGUUCAGCCUACCUACUCAGUACCUGGGCUGUUCAGCCUGCCUACUCAGUACCUGGGCUGUUCAGCCUACCUAUUCAGUACCUGGGCUGUUCAGCCUACCUACUCAGUACCUGGGCUGUUCAGCCUACCUACUCAGUACCUGGGCUGUUCAGCCUACCUAUUCAGUACCUGGGCUGUUCAGCCUACCUAUUCAGUACCUGGGCUGUUCAGCCUACCUACUCAGUACCUGGGCUGUUCAGCCUGCCUACUCAGUACCUGGGCUGUUCAGCCUACCUAUUCAGUACCUGGGCUGUUCAGCCUACCUAUUCAGUACCUGGGCUGUUCAGCCUACCUAUUCAGUACCUGGGCUGUUCAGCCUACCUAUUCAGUACCUGGGCUGUUCAGCCUACCUACUCAGUACCUGGGCUGUUCAGCCUGCCUAUUCAGUACCUGGGCAUUUGAAUACCUUAGUCCAUCAGUGUGUAUAUAUCACCAUAGGAACUAUGUGUCCAUCAGUGUGUAUAUAUCACCACAGGAACUAUGUGUCCAUCAGUGUGUAUAUAUCACCACAGGAACUAUGUGUCCAUCAGUGUGUAUAUAUCACCACAGGAACUAUGUGUCCAUCAGUGUGUAUAUAUCACCACAGGAACUAUGGGUCCAUCAGUGUGUAUAUAUCACCACAGGAACUAUGUGUCCAUCAGUGUGUAUAUAUCACCAUAGGAACUAUGUGUCCAUCAGUGUGUAUAUAUCACCACAGGAACUAUGUGUCCAUCAGUGUGUAUAUAUCACCACAGGAACUAUGUGUCCAUCAGUGUGUAUAUAUCACCACAGGAACUAUGGGUCAGAGGUAUAGGCCUGUAGAUGUUGAUCUUUGCAUUCCAGGUCAUAUUUAUUUAAGUCCUGCUAGGCUACACAUCUCGGAAGAUUUUCAUUUGAUUAGAACAAAUCUUACAUUUCUAGAAAGAGAUUGAAUGUGAAUCAUGGUCAAUACUACUGGAGAGGUCAGCAUAGUUUAAACAGAUUGAAGAUGAAGCUAACUUUCUUCCAAGUGGCAUAGGCCAGGAUUCCUGGACAAUCAUGGAACACUUCAUUAAAUGAGAGAACUAUUUGCGGAGUGCAGACCAGACCUGGGUUCAAACACUAUUUUGAAAUCUUUAAAAAACCUUUGAGCGUAUCCCCUAGCCCGGCUGGGGUGCCUGAUGGGUGGGAUUUAUAGUUUGGGGACUAUUCUAUUAGUGCGUUAAGCCAGACAAGCUCAAUCAAGCCCAAAUAAAGUGUUUGAAAUGACUUCGAAUAGUAUUUGAACCCAGGUCGGUUGCAGACUGAGAGACUCAGUGCUGCAGACACACACACACACACACACCCUGAGGAGAGGAGCCUGGAGCCGUCUCUAGUCUAGUGGCUGUGGCCCCACAGGUCCAUAUAUGGUCCAGAGGUAUUUUGGUGGCAGUAGUCCCAGGUUUGAGUGCCUCUGUGCCGGUUUUCUACCGCAAGUGUCCUGCCAACACCAGGGAUCCAGCCUACAUUAGAUACAAACCAACCCUUCAUUGUAAGUCAAACACACCACACACACACUGAUGCACACAUCAUUCUCAGUGACAGACCGGUGGAAUGCUUUGUUUAAGAUAUUGCUGGAGUCCUCGUUCUGUUUGGGUUAUAGUCCUCUAAUUAUUAGACAUUUACACACAAACAGAACUGUCCUGAGGGGAAAAAAUAUAGCUAACAGAGUUAUUUAUAUGGGAUGUUUAGAACACCACACGUCCCUCAAAAUGACCUUUCACGAGUGGUCACGGAAUCUUAUCACUAAACAAAUAUUUCAGCAUGGGGUCAUUAGCUGGUGGAAGUGCCAGCCAGGCCAAUUAGAAUGUUGUCUCUGCUGUGACAUCAUUAUUAUGUGACGUUGACAGCAGGGUUUCUGAUAGCCUGUAAUAGCUGGCUUUUGGACAAAAAAAAAGAUCUAUAUAGAAAAGCCGAUAAAUACAAUUGGUGCCGGCCAAUUGUCCGGGAGAAGAAGGGAAAAAAUCCCAUUGAAAAAUAAUGCUUUUUAGUCAAUUGAUGGAAAUACCAGUCGAUGGAAAUACAUUUGACUGGUCAUACUCAUCGGUCUAUAGGUUAAUUUGCAUAAUUUAGUGGAAUUAAAUGUGGGCGUGUGUCCAGUAUUCAUGAUGCAUCUUUAUUUAUCACCCCGUACAGAUGCAGAGCCUUAGAGCUGAAAACCUGUCAGACAGAGAGCUGCUGCGGCAUCUCAAACAGCAAAUGCAACGGAAGGCAGGCUUCAUCAGAGAGUAACACCACUUUGCAAUGAGCUGGAGGCAGUAUGCAUUUUGAAAACAUUUUACUUAACUGUUUGAAACCUUAAUGUUUGAAUACAUAUUAUGAGGUAUAUCUUAACUUGCUUCAAUGUAGCCUAGCCAAAAUAAGAUCUGUGGAGGAAAUAAUUUUAUUUAAACUUUCUUUCAUUGUCCAGUAGCCAAAGGCCCAAUCCUAGUCAUAUUAGCAACCCAUGCUAGUUGUUGCAUCUUUAGAUCUCCCCUCUUUCUACAUUUCUAACGGAUAUUUUCAUCUCUGUCACAUGAAACCGCUCGCAUCGGGCAGUGUCCUUUUGACAACUUGUUUCCCCACCAGUUGCUUUAUGGAACGAACAGCCGCUCGUAGCCUUCUGCCUUGUGCGCUUUGAUGCGCUGAUAAUGUUCAGAAAUAAUAGUUUUAUCAACAUUUUUAAAGCUAAACGUUCUGAUCUGUCGCAUCAGACAUUGCUUUUUAAUGUUUGUUAUGUAGCCUAGGUCUACUGGUUGGAUGAAUUUGGGAUCCAUCGUCCCACAACUGUCCCAGAGUCAGUUUGGAACAGGCUAUUGUUUUCUCGACAAGCUGACCAAUAGAAUAGGUUAACUUUUCUACUAUGGGUGAUAGUAGAUUGACAUAGGCUAGUGAUUUUGCUGUUGGUUACUCGUCUUGUUGGCUGAGGAAAAGUACAUGUGGACAAGUUAUUUCUAACAUCUUCAAAGUGCACAUUAGAAUUCAGGAAGAAGGACCCGCAUAUCGUUGCAUCCUCGACUUGCGUGUUCUGUUAAUAUGAACGACCAUCAUCUAAAUGGGAUUUCUGUCAUUCUGAGGACCGUAGGGUGGACGCCCUAAUCAGGUUACGCACCCAAUGCAUAUGGGUCCGGUAAAUUUCUCAAAUGUCCGGUAAAUUAAAAUGCAUGCCGGUCAGCUACACAUUUUACCUAACGGAAAACCUGAUUGACAGGGUGACAAAAAAGGCUAAGAAACACACCUGAGACAGGCCACUACAGAAGGAAUAGGGUGCCAUUUGGGACACGGCCACUACAGAAGGAAUAGGGUGCCAUUUGGGACACGGCCACUACAGAAGGAAUAGGGUGCCAUUUGGGACACGGCCACUACAGAAGGAAUAGGGUGCCAUUUGGGACACGGCCACUACAGAAGGAAUAGGGUGCCAUUUGGGACACGGCCACUACAGAAGGAAUAGGGUGCCAUUUGGGACACGGCCACUACAGAAGGAAUAGGGUGCCAUUUGGAACACUGCUAUAUGACAACACUUUGACGCUUUCCUUACCUCCUGGCCGUACGUAGGUGUACCCCAUCUCUGUCUCUGAGAUGAGCAUCCCCUUGGCUGCCCGAACCUCCGGCUCCUCUUGAAGACGCUCAUGUUUGGGUUUACGCUGGAACAACCACCCCAACAUAGUCCCUCUAAGACGAUAGUCUAGUAGUAGUAGUAGUAGUGUUGUGGAGCUGCUGCUAGGUCACAACGUUUACACAACGUUUAGACAAUGUUUUCUCUGGUACUGCUGAGGUACCCGUCUAUCCUCUUCUUCUUACAGACCUUCCUAUUCUCCUUGUCUCGGUCCCUUGCCUCUUUUCCAAAGGAGGACUUCUGCUUUAGUGCUGCAAGGUGACAACCAACGUUCAGACAACGUUUACUCUGGUACUGCUGAGAUACUAGUCUCCUGUCUGUCUGUCCUCUGGUACUGCUGAGAUACUAGUCUCCUGUCUGUCUGUCUGUCCUCUGAUAUUGCUGAGAUACUAGUCUCCUGUCUGUCUGUCUGUCCGCUGGUACUGCUGAGAUACUAGUCUCCUGUCUGUCCUCUUCCUUUAACACCCCCCUUUUGUUCUAUGAGGAAAUAAUGAACCAAUAGAACCCUUUCUCUGCCUCAGUCUCUGGUUUAAAAUACUGAGGUACCUGACCGCUCUAUUCUGCUCCUGUACCUGUCUCUCCUCCUGUUCCAGUCUCUCCUCCUUUACCGGCCUCUCCUCCUCCUGUACCUGUCUCUCCUCCUCCUGUACCUGUCUCUCCUCCUCCUGUACCUGUCUCUCCUCCUCCUGUACCCGUCUCUCCUCCUCCUGUACCCGUCUCUCCUCCUCCUGUACCCGUCUCUCCUCCUCCUGUACCCGUCUCUCCUCCUCCUGUACCCGUCUCUCCUCCUCCUGUACCCGUCUCUCCUCCUCCUGUACCUGUCUCUCCUCCUCCUGUACCUGUCUCUCCUCCUCCUGUACCUGUCUCUCCUCUAACAGUACAGUCUUCUCAGAGAGACUGCCUGGUGUGAGACUUGGUGAUGUCUCAGUCCUUCCCAGAGAGAGUAGUAGGGGAGUCUAACCAGAGUAGUCCCCUGUAGCUACUAAGCUAAGUGGUCUCUCAGCUCCUCCAGAGAUGUCUCUCUCUCUCUCUCUCCUCGCUGCCCUCGCUGGUUCUUUAUUUUCCCAGGGUUUGGAGCGUCUGUCUGGUCCUUUUCCCAGGGGGUGACCUUUGGCUCUCCACAGCCCCAGGCAGGGCAGCUCAGGGUACACAGCUCAGGGGGGCAGACAGGGUGGCAGCAGACAGACCGUAGCAGAUCCAGCUACUCAGAACUCCCAGUGCUUUUACCCGCUGUCCUCACUGACUCAGUUACUCUCUCACUGUAGUCUCUCUCUCUGUCAGUCAGGAGCCAGCAUGCUCUAUUCUACUGGCUGGCGUUCAGUCCUUCCCUCAGUCUCCACCCUGCUUCCCUCACUCUUCCCUCCUUUCUCUCUCCUCCUUCCUUAUCUCUCCCCCUGUCCUCUCUUUUUUUUGGGCCGACCGGCGUGCCGGGGUGUUAUCUCCCUGCCUGGCCUAUUUGAGGCUGCGUGAGCUCUACUCUGAUGGAGGUGUCAGGAGAAGUGUUCCUGGUCUGCCUGUCAACAGGUCUCCUGUCUCAGUCACGCUGAGUAGAGUAGUGGCCUGGCCUGGCUUCUAACUCUCUCUGAUCCAGAGCCUCAAUAACCCCUCUACCCCUCUACCCACCCUAUGGUCCCUACCCCUCUACCCCCCCCCUAUGGUCCCUACCCCUCUACCCCCCCUAUGGUCCCUACCCCUCUACCCCCCCUAUGGUCCCUACCCCACCACCCAAUGAUCCGGCCCCAGCCUGCCCUAACCCUGGAUAACUGCCACAGAGACAUUUGUCCUUUCCCAUAGCACAUAUAUGUCUGUAACAUUGAUGUAGGCUACCCUGAGUAAUUAUGACACUAAGACGCCAAUGUGGUCAUGGUGACAGAACCCAGAACCUGCACUUAAUCCAUAACAAUGUCAUGAAUCAUGACUAAAGAUGGUGACGAGAUCAACACAGGACUGUUAUGUAUUUAUCUUUAUUUAAUCCAUGAUAGUCCACUCGGGUGAAAGUCGUCACAGUUUCCAAGAAGUUAACGUGGUCUUGCGUGAGUCAUGACUUGCGUUUUAAUAAUGACAGUAGGUAAUCCCACGGUGUCUCAAUGGUGGAAUAUAUUGUCCUCUGCUGAACACAGCCCGGUCUCCCCUUCCUGGAAUCUAUCGGUAUAUCUUCCGUUCCGGGAAUGUCCGGAACCAUCCUGGAUGAACAGUGCCCCAGUAGGAGGAAUUGUUUGUGUGAAGCACCGUCUCCACUGUAAUCCCUCGGGGUGUGUCCCAAUAAUAUCUCACUUCCCCUAAAGUGUUCACUACUUCCCACUAAUCUAAAAAGCAUUGUGUUGGCGGAGGCAUGGGCUAGAAGGGGAGUUUACACCGUGUUUCAUUUUCAAACCAGUGAAGGGGAGUGAACAAGUGCACACUUCGGGAGGAAGGAGAGAUAAUUGGGACACAGCCCCGAUUCCUCCUCUCAGACUGCCUGCCAGGAAGGAACACAUCAGGGAGCCUGCCAACACACACACACACAGCAGUGAACCUAUUUCAACAGUCACCAACAUUCAUCGUUCAGGUUAUUUUAGACUUUAGAUCCUAUUCCCAGAUUGGUACUUAUUUAUCUCCACUGUAUACCACUGUUUAUGUCCCCAUGGACCAUGUCUUAUAGCCCCACCACACACACACACACACACACACACAGGAUCACACACACACACACAGGAUCACACACACACACACAGGAUCACACACACACACCCAGAGGAUCACACACACACACACAGAGGAUCAUAUCACACACACACACCCAGAGGAUCACACACAGAGGAUCACACACACACAUGUUCUAUCUUUCAUUACUUUCUCACAGUGUUUUGUGAUGGCUGGGAAAUGAAACGACUCCCAUGGUGCUAGCUGGUGUAUUUAGCGAUGACUCUAUGUCUGAGGGGGGUGGACUGAUGUUGACGCUGCACUGCAGUCUGUUUUGCCUGGAUUUAGAUUGGAGCCUCGAUUGCGGCCAUUGACUGACCUGUGACCUGUCUCGCUCCCUGCGCUGCUCUCUCUCUCUCUCUCUCUCUCUCUUUCUCUAGUAGCUAUCUAUGGCAUCUGGUUCUAUGAUAAGGCGGACUGCCAGCGCAUCGCAGAGCUUAUGAAGAAGUGAGUAACACCUCUCCCUCUCUGUGUCCCCAUGGCGCUGUCCUUGCAAGCUAUCAUCACUCACUAUCUACCACCAGCUACUAGCCCCUGGUGUCUGUCCACACUGCUGCACUAAAACACUGGUGUCUGUGUCUGUCCACACUGCUCCACUAAAAGCACUCCAUCAUAGUUAAAUCAUGUAAACAUUGUUUUAUUAAGCAUUCGCUGCGGCAGCAUUCCCCUGCUGGAUACAAAGGCACCUAGUGAACUAAUAGCUGUCAGAUUAAUACUAAGUGGCUGUGUCUCUAAUGCUACCCUUUUCCAUAUAUAGUGCACUACUUUGGACCAGGGCCUGCAUUGGGCCAGACCAUUGCCAAUUCAUAACAGCACAGACACACACGCACAGGCACAGACACACUCACAGAGACACACACAUACACACACACAGUGAUUUAAACCCUACCAGUUUCCAGUUGAUUUAUGUAAUGAUUGUUGUGUAGUGGCCUCCCUAGUGAAUGACCAUCUGUUACUGUGUGUGAGACCGUGUAAAAAUGAAAUGUGACUGUGCGUGUAAACACAUAAUCGAGGUUUGCUCAAUCUCCUGUCAAUGCAGUCGAAUUAUUGCAUGCUCUCUCACUCACUCACUCACUCCCUCACUCUCUCACUCACUCCCUCACACAGACACUCACUCACUCACUCACUCACUCACACAGACACUCUAACCUCUUCUCUCUCCAGUCUGACGAAGCAGGAACAGGCCCUAGCCCAGCUGGGUCAACAGGCACAGGGUCAGGGGGGCUUGGUGUCUCCUCGAGCCCUGGAGGCAGCAGGGGACCCUGGGAAGGGACAAGGAGUGGACAUCCUGCAGAUGCUGACCAAAGCACGCAAUGAGUAUGACAAGGUAGGUACCUACUGUAUGUGCUAGCACUAUGACACGGUACUAACCCACCACUACCACUAGGGGGCACUAAGGCAUAUAUAACAAGGCUGCUGCCUGUGAUUUCUGUAAGUAUUUCUGAGGAAAUAAAAUGUUUGCUGCUGUGGCAUAAUGUGUGCAUGCUAAUAUAUUCCUGAAUGCACCUCUGUCUCUCUCACUCUGUCUCUGUCUCUGUCUGUCUCUCUGUCUCUCUGUCUCUCUGUCUCUCUGUCUCUCUCUCUCUCUCUCUCUCUCUCUCUCUCUCUCUCUCUCUCUCUCUCUCUCUCUCUCUUUAUCUCUUUCUUUAUCUCUCUCUCUCUCUCUCUUUCUUUCUCUCUCUCUCCCUCUGUCUCUCCCCCUGUCUCCCUCUCUCCCCCUCUCCUCUCAGGGUGGUAAUCCAGAGCCUAAGGAGAUAGGAGGAUGUAAUGUCCUUGAUGACAACCCCAACCUGAUCAAACCUAUCCCUGUCAAACCUAUGGAGAGAUAUCCCCAGGCUGUGCUACAGGAGAGGCCUGUUCAGGUACACGCAGCCUUUCACCUUAUUGAACACAAUGGAAAUAAGGUGUUCCACCUGUGUGGCUAGAAUUAGUGUUUUUUAAAUGGUCAAAUGAAUGAUUUCUAACACAGUGUUGACCUGGUAUCACAGGUAUUCUCUGCUGUUUGGUUACCUUAUGUUCUCUCCUGUCUGUUUCACACCACCUAUCUCUCACCCUCUCUCUCCAUCCUCUUUCCCUCUCUUAGGAUAGUCAAGGAGAGCCCAGGCCUCUCUCUCUGGCCACUCUGUUUGGUGUCCAGCAGCCCAGACCAGAGCUGGUCUCUCCCAUGGCUGGGUCAGGGUCAGGAGGUCCAGGGUCCCAGCCCCAGGGUAAGCCUGGAGGUGUCCGUCCGGCGGUGGCCCGCUCCCUGUCCUACGAGGACCCAGUCCAGGCCCAGGAAGGGGUUCUGAUCUCAGGUAGCAGCCCCCCACAGCACUGCCCUGCCUUCCAGAAGCUCAUGAGGGAUGCUUCCUCCUUCUCCUCCCAGCCUCAGAACCAGCUCCAGAGAGGGGGUCCCAUGGAGCUGCUCCAACCCGUCUCCGAGUCACCCGAGAACAGGCUGCAUGAGAACGGAGCCCCCUCUGCCCUCCAACACCACCAGCAGAUCCAGGCCAGACAAGACCCCAUCCAGAGACUGUUCCAGAACCAUCCCACUUCCACCACCCCUUCGAUGGCCUCCUCCACUCCCUGUUGUUCCCACCCCCCUCCUCCUCUCAUCCCUGGCCUCCAGUCUGCCCGUCCUCAGCCUCUCCUGGUGGAUGCUUUGGGCUUCCCUGGUUCUCAACACCAUCACCACCACCCUCACCUCCACCUCCCCCCUCACCAGGCCCAGCCGCUGUACUUCAGACCCACCAAGCCCCCCCAGAUGCUGGUGCCCUUGCAGCCCUCACACCCCUCCCAGUCUCAGCCUCUCCACCAAACCCAGCCUGGUCAUCCUCAACCUCAAUCACAGCCCUCUCACCCUUUCCCCUCCUUCCAGCAACCCCAGUCCCACCCCCAGCCCUUUCACCUCCAACCCCAGCCAGGUCACCCCCAGCCGGUGCAGCUAACUGGUGUCGUCUCCCCCCAUGAGCUGCUCCAGAGGCUGCAGCUGGUUCAACAGGAGCAGAGUCUGGUCCCGGAGCCCACUAGGCCUUCCUCCAACCUGGCCCCCCGCUUCCACGAGCCAGCCCCCCCAGCCAUGGGGCAGCACGGCCAGCAGUCAGCUCAUUCUACAGCCAGGUCUCUGGACAGUUGGGCUGACAUGAACUCUGCAGGCACCGCUGCUCAGAAGUUCCAGGUAAAAAAACAAACAUAUCCUAUCUGACUCAAAGGACCAUAUAAAGUGCUGGAGUGGUUUUGUACAGGGAGGGAUCUGGGUUCGUAGAAGUAAGGUCUCUAACCAUCCCCUCUCCAUCUCCAGGUGAUCUCCCCCAAGCGUAUCCCAGCCACGGUGGCUCCUACCCUCCUCCUGUCCCCCAGUGUCUUCUCCCAGGCCAAGCGCCCCCAGCCCAAAGCCCCUGGGGACCCCCACUGCUCACCUGGCCCUCAUCCUCCCUCAGCCCUUCUGGCCCCACAGGCCCCUGAGGACCCCCACCCCAGGGGCCUCUCUAAGAACCAGCUCCAGGCCACCCUGCUGCACCUCAUACAGGUAGGAGAGAGAGAGGAUGAGACAUACUCAGGCUGUUUUUACAGAAACAAAGUUAUGUACACUGAACAAAAAUAUAAACGCAACAUGCAACAAUUUCAAAGAUUUGAUGGAGUUCCAGUGGUCACCAACCGGUCGAUCUUCAAGGCAUUCCUAGUCGAUCACCAAACAUUCCUGGAGGAAAGCCAAUGAUAAAGGCUUGUGCUCCUUUUAUUAUUAUUUGUGUUGCUGUUGGUGGUAGGUGGACUUGGUUCAGAAGCCCUGUUGGUGGUAGGUGCACUUGAUUCAGGAAGCCCUGUUGGUGGUAGGUGCACUUGAUUCAGGAAGCCCUGUUGGUGGUAGGUGCACUUGAUUCAGGAAGCCCUGUUGGUGGUAGGUGCACUUGAUUCAGAAGCCCUGUUGGUGGUAGGUGCACUUGAUUCAGGAAGCCCUUUUGGUGGUAGGUGCACUUGAUUCAGGAAGCCCUGUUGGUGGUAGGUGCACUUGAUUCAGGAAGCCCUGUUGGUGGUAGGUGCACUUGAUUCAGAAGCCCUGUUGGUGGUAGGUACACUUGAUUCAGGAAGCCCUGUUGGUGGUAGGUGCACUUGAUUCAGAAGCCCUGUUGGUGGUAGGUGCACUUGAUUCAGAAGCCCUGUUGGUGGUAGGUGCACUUGAUUCAGGAAGCCCUGUUGGUGGUAGGUGCACUUGAUUCAGGAAGCCCUGUUGGUGGUAGGUGCACUUGAUUCAGGAAGCCCUGUUGGUGGUAGGUGCACUUGAUUCAGGAAGCCCUGUUGGUGGUAGGUGCACUUGAUUCAGAAGCCCUGUUGGUGGUAGGUACACUUGAUUCAGGAAGCCCUGUUGGUGGUAGGUGCACUUGAUUCAGAAGCCCUGUUGGUGGUAGGUGCACUUGAUUCAGAAGCCCUGUUGGUGGUAGGUGCACUUGAUUCAGGAAGCCCUGUUGGUGGUAGGUGCACUUGAUUCAGAAGCCCUGUUGGUGGUAGGUGCACUUGAUUCAGGAAGCCCUGUUGGUGGUAGGUGCACUUGUUCAAGAAGCCUGUUGGUGGUAGGUGCACUUGAUUCAGAAGCCCUGUUGGUGGUAGGUGCACUUGAUUCAGAAGCCCUGUUGGUGGUGGUGCACUUGAUUCAGAAGCCCUGUUGGUGGUAGGUGCACUUGAUUCAGAAGCCCUGUUGGUGGUAGGUGCACUUGAUUCAGAAGCCCUGUUGGCGGUAGGUGCACUUGGUUCAGAAGCCCUGUUGGUGGUAGGUGCACUUGAUUCAGAAGCCCUGUUGGUGGUAGGUGCACUUGAUUCAGAAGCCCUGUUGGUGGUGGUGCACUUGAUUCAGAAGCCCUGUUGGUGGUAGGUGCACUUGAUUCAGAAGCCCUGUUGGUGGUAGGUGCACUUGAUUCAGAAGCCCUGUUGGUGGUAGGUGCACUUGAUUCAGAAGCCCUGUUGGUGGUAGGUGCACUUGAUUCAGAAGCCCUGUUGGCGGUAGGUGCACUUGGUUCAGAAGACUUGUGCACCAGGUAGGCAAAGUGUUCCCAUUUUGAACCAUUUCAUUUGUCUGAAAAGACAAACUCCCCCUGCCCAGCGGACUGGGAGGUCUGUGGCUAAAUAAAGUUUGCCUGCUGCGCUGGCCAAUCUGAUAUCUCAAAUCGCCGUUCCUACAGCUUCCACGACCCCAGCCACAGCAACGUUUCAUACUAGCCUACAUGAGAUUUCAUAAUUUAAAAAACCCAUCUUCAGAGAGAGACUUGCAAAGAGCUGCUGUUUUAUACGAGUGAGUUCAUGUCCACGUUUAUUCAGCACUGUCAACAUUUGCCCUGCAGCUGCAAUGAAUGAGUAGCUAUGUGUAUCGACAGCCCUGCAUUUUAAUUAUUAUUAUUAGCAGCUCAUCUUGUCUAUUUUAAUAUCGAGGAUAUUUCUCUGGUCGUAGGAACAAUAUGAAUUUGUGCAUGAGGCAGACGCGGUGCGACUCGAGUUGCUCACGCCGCUGAGACUAAUGCCAUGUUCAACACUACUGGGAACUCUGAAAUCUCCGACUUCAGUGCGUUCAAGACAAUUAGGAUCUCGGAAAAAAGCUAGAUCCGACUUGGAUUUUAUUUUGGAACGGUCAUCCAAGUCGGAAACUCUGGCAUCUUUCUAGAGCUCCGACUUUCUGACCUGAAGAUCACUGACAUCAUGACGUCACGAUUUCUCCAGAGUUCCCAGUUUUCUUUGAAAGCACCAUGACCAUCAGAUGCAGGUACCAUCAGUCAGUAAAAUAAAAAAAACGAAAUUAUUUCGAUUUAUGCUCAGCUGUGCCUCGCAAGUACUACACCAACUGAUCUAUUUAGUUAUCAAAGCUGGAGUUUUGAAAUAUAAUACACUAUUGUUAGGCCCGACAUAUAGCCAACAUGCUGUGAUAAUGUAUUACUACACAAACCUCAUUCCUACAGAACGGUUUUUAUGAGGUUAAUGUUUUAAAAAAUGAAGUCAUGUUUUUAAAGUAUUCUUAGCAGUAGAUCUCUGGCUUGCUUUCUGACUGCGAAAGGUUGGUGACCACUGAUUAUAAGGAAAUCAGUCCAUUUUAAAUUAAUUAAUUGGGCCCUAAUCUAUGGAUUUCACAUGACUGGGAAUACAGAUAUGCAUCUGUUGGUCACAGAUACCUUUUUUUAAAAAGGUAGGGGCAUGGAUCAGAAAACCAGUCAGUAUCUGGUGUGACCAGCAUUUGCCUCAUGCAGCGCGAUACAUUUCCUUCGCGUAGAGUUGAUCAGGCUGUUGAUUGCGGCCUGUGGAAUGUUGUCCCACCCUUCAAUGGCUGUACGAAGUUGCUGGAUAUUGGAGGGAACAGCAACACGCUGUCGAUCCAGAGCAUCCCAAACACGCUCAAUGAGUGAUAUGUCUGGUGAGUAUGCAGGCCAUGAAACAACUGGGACAUUGUCAGAUUCCAGGAGUUGUGUACAGUUCAUUGCGACAUGGGGCUGUGCAUUAUCAUGCUGAAACAUGAGGUGAUGGUGGCGGAUGAAUGGCACAACAAUGGGCCUCAGGAUCUCGUCACGGUAUCUCUGUGCAUUCAAUUGCCAUCGAGAAAAUGCAAUUGUGUUCGUUGUCUGUAGCUUAUGCCUGCCCAUACCAUAACCCCACCGCCACCAUGGGGCACUCUGUUCACAACGUUGACAUCAGCAAACCGCUCGCUCACAUGACUGCAGUCAGGUCAAGACCCUGAUGAGGACGACGAGCAUGCAGAUGAGCUUCCCUGACAGUUCGGUUGUGUAAACCUACAGUUUCAUCAGCUGUCCGGGUGGCUGGUCUCAGACGAUCCUGCAGGUGAAGAAGCCGGAUGUGGAGAUCCUGGGCUGGCAUGGUUACACAUGGUCUGCGGAUGUGAGGCCGGUUUCUGCCAAAUUCUCUAAAACGACUUUGGAGGCAGCUUAUGGUAGAGAAAUAAACAUUCAGUUCUCUGGCAACAGCUCUGGUGGACAUCCUGCAGUCAGCAUGCCAAUUGCGCGCUCCCUCAACUUGAGACAUCUGUGGCAUUGUGUUGUGUGACAACUGCACAUUUUAGUGGCCUUUUAUUGCCCCUAGCACAAGGUGCACCUGUGUAAUGAUCAUGCUGUUUAAUCAGCUUCCUGAUAUGCCACACUUGUCAGUUGGAUGGAUUAUCUUGGCAAAGGAGAAAUGCUCACUAACAGGGAUGUAAACAAAUUUGUGCACAAAAUUUGAGAGAAAUUAGCUUUUUGUACGUAUGGAAUAUUUCUGGGAUCUUUUAUUUCAGCUCAUGAAACAUGGGACCAACAUGUUGCUUUUUAUAUUUUUUGUUCAAUGUAUUUACAUAAUACUAGCAAUUCUGCAGGCGUCAAACUCUUCCCUCCUGAAGAAGCAGCUCGUCUCACACAGCCAAAUGGGUUGUCCUGGGUUCCUGCCUUUGUUUAUAUAAACUGUCUUUCUACUCAGUACACCGUCAGUCUGUUUAUGUUUGGAAGUCUUUGUACAGUCAGACAGUCUUGCCAAAGGACACUGUCCUGCUAAAGAGAGCUGUUUCAGACCAGCGCAGAGUGCAGACAGACGCACUCAACCUGUCCAAAUGCUAAUGUGUUGUUUCUGUUCCCCGCUCCUGAUCAAAGUACUCUAUCCCUCUCUUAUCUCCCCCUCUCCAUCUCGCUCUCUCUCUCCUCUCCUCUCUCUCUAACGCUCUCUCUUUCCUCCUCUCUCUAACUCUGUCUCGCUCUUCUCUCUCUUUCAGAACGACAGUUCCUUCCUGGAUACCAUCUAUGAGUGCUACGCCCACCGCUUCUCCGCGGAAGCCACCGCAAACAAGUUCUGAGGCCAGGGCCCUGUUUUAACGAGGCACGCAAUGGAAAACGUUUCAAAACGCUUUGCAACGGGAAGUGAUAAUAAGCAUUUCUUAUGGGACAAGUCCAGGGAACCCCUCUCCCUGUUUGUCUGUUUUCUUCCGUUCGGUGCCUAAUGAAUAAGUCCUUGGGGUCAUGCCCAAACCGGCACAAUCAUUUUAUAAUCUAAGCCAUUUGCUGAUCUAGCAAAAUUAGUCUUCCUAAUGUGAGCACUGUGGAUUUAAUCUGUGGAUUCAGAUUACAAGGAAAUUCGAUUUUUGUCAUUUUAAGAUGUUUUUAUCAUAAGAAUACAAUAAUUUAAGGUUGAAUGGGAUAUUGUAGUAGGAGCUAUCAAACAAUUGUACAUGUUUUAGAAUGACUGCACUUGUUUUAAAAGAUACCUCUCAACCAAAAAUGUUUUUCAGGCAUUUGACAAUGUUUAAUUCACUUGAAGUCGGAUUUUCGAAGAAGUUGGAUGAGUUUAUUUGAAUGCUUGUACAGUAUACUGUCUUCAGUAAGUGGAAAGUCCUGUUUUAAAAUAUUGCAAAUCUUAAUCUUGUGUUACCUCACAAUCACUGUUGGGGUAAAAGUUUCCCAAAGGAAGAAUUAGACCAUACUGUAGCACCUGCCAUUUAUUUUCAUAACGCGAUUGGCUUUAUUUCCAAAGGUCUGAAACGCAAAUGUACAACAACACGGUUCUUCCAGAAUCUUCUGUGCUCACACACGCUAGACUAGUUUGAUAGUCGGUUUAUAUGUAUCAAGCAAAGGGUUUAAGACACUAUUUUAUGUUACAAGAGAGAGAUAAUAGAAUAUUUAUUUCUAUUUUUCUAUGCUGUUCUCAUACCAUCCCAGUUAUAUUACAUUUAAAAACACAAAAUUUUGCAAUGACCUGUACCACUGAAACAGGAAUUAGUUUUAAUUCACACAAUCUGGCAUGUAUCAGUUAUUUUCAAACCUGUGGAAUCUGGAGUCUCAUCAUUUUGUUGUUUUGCUUUUGAAAAAACAACUUUUUUUUUUUUUUUUUUUAAACGAGUCAAAUAUUCUGAGGGACUGCAAAGCUCACUACAUGACUUGUUUCUUUUGUAAUGAUUGAACGGUCUCUGAACCACAACUGAAUUGGAAAUAAAUGAAUGUCUUCUUCAAACUCUUCAAACAUGUGGCUCCGGGGUGAAGUUUCCCCAAGGUACAUAUCUAGGAUCAGUUUCCCAAUAUGAACCUUAACCAUUAGUGGGGUAAAUGCUAAACUGACCCAUAUGAACCUUAACCAUUAGUGGGGUAAAUGCUAAACUGACCCAUAUGAACCUUAACCAUUAGUGGGGUAAAUGCUAAACUGACCCAUAUGAACCUUAACCAUUAGUGGGGUAAAUGCUAAACUGACCCAUAUGAACCUUAACCAUUAGUGGGGUAAAUGCUAAACUGACCCAUAUGAACCUUAACCAUUAGUGGGGUAAAUGCUAAACUGAUCCAUAUUAACCUUAACCAUUAGUGGGGUAAAUGCUAAACUGACCCAUAUGAACCUUAACCAUUAGUGGGGUAAAUGCUAAACUGACCCUGGAUCAGUGUCUACGGGCAGCUUCACUCUACUCCAGACGUGGCAGGAAUAACCCACGUCUGUAUUUGCCAGCGUCUCUUCUUUUCACUAUUUUAAGAGGAAAAGGGAUGCCUCCCAAAAUUCACCCUAUUCCCUAUAUAAGUGCACUACUUUUGACCAGAGCCCUACUGCACUGAAUAGGGUGCCAUUUGGGACUCGAUCCUUUAUUUCGGAAUUUUAACUUCUACCAAGUCAGUAUGUCCUUGGGAUGUGGAAAGAGGAACUGAGGAACUUAGGAAUGUGGAAAUGGGUAUUCCAGACUGUCGUUACCUGUGAGAGGUCUGUGGAAGGCAUCCACUUCUCAAGUGCAUUCCAUUCUAAGUGAGAUCAUGCAGAUUAAAAAAUAUAUAUGUACAGUGAGGGGAAAAAAGUAUUUGAUCCCCUGCUGAUUUUGUACGUUUGCCCACUGACAAAGACAUGAUCAGUCUAUAAUUUUAAUGGUAGGUUUAUUUGAACAGUGAGAGACAGAAUAACAACAACAAAAUCCAGAAAAACGCAUGUCAAAAAUGUUAUAAAUUGAUUUGCAUUUUAAUGAGGGAAAUAAGUAUUUGACCCCUCUGCAAAACAUGACUUAGUACUUGGUGGCAAAACCCUUGUUGGCAAUCACAGAGGUCAGAUGUUUCUUGUAGUUGGCCACCAGGUUUGCACACAUCUCAGGAGGGAUUUUGUUCCACUCCUCUUUGCAGAUCUUCUUCGUCAUUAAGGUUUCAAGGCUGACGUUUGGCAACCCGAACCUUCAGCUCCCUCCACAGAUUUUCUAUGGGAUUAAGGUCUGGAGACUGGCUAGGCCACUCCAGGACCUUAAUGUGCUUCUUCUUGAGUGUCUCCUUUGUUGCCUUGGCCGUGUGUUUUGGGUCAUUGUCAUAAUGGAAUACCCAUCCACGACCCAUUUUCAAUGCCCUGGCUGAGGGAAGGAGGUUCUCGCCCAAGAUUUGACGGUACAUGGCCCCGUGCAUCGUUCCUUUGAUGCGGUGAAGUUGUCUUGUCCCCUUAGCAGAAAAACACCCCCAAAGCAUAAUGUUUCCACCUCCAUGUUUGACGGUGGGGAUGGUGUUCUUGGGGUCAUAGGCAGCAUUCCUCCUCCUCCAAACACGGCGAGUUGAGUUGAUGCCAAAGAGCUCGAUUUUGGUCUCAUCUGACCACAACACUUUCACCCAGUUCUCCUCUGAAUCAUUCAGAUGUUCAUUGGCAAACUUCAGACGGGCCUGUAUAUGUGCUUUCUUGAGCAGGGGGACCUUGCGGGCGCUGCAGGAUUUCAGUCCUUCACGGCGUAGUGUGUUACCAAUUGUUUUCUUAGAGAUCAUUGACAAGAUCCUUCCGUGUAGUUCUGGGCUGAUUCCUCACCGUUCUCAUGAUCAUUGCAACUCCACGAGGUGAGAUCUUGCAUGGAGCCCCAGGCCGAGGGAGAUUGACAGUUAUUUUGUGUUUCUUCCAUUUGCGAAUUAUCGCACCAACUGUUGUCACCUUCUCAUCAAGCUGCUUGGCGAUGGUCUUGUAGCCCAUUCCAGCUUAGUGUAGGUCUACAAUCUUGUCCCUGACAUCCUUGGAGAGCUCUUUGGUCUUGGCCAUGGUAGAGAGUUUGGAAUCUGAUUGAUUGAUUGCUUCUGUGGACAGGUGUCUUUUAUACAGGUAACAAACUGAGAUUAGGAGCACUCCCUUUAAGAGUGUGCUCCUAAUCUCAGCUCUUUACCUGUAUAAAAUACACCUGGGAGCCAGAAAUCUUUCUGAUUGAGAGGGGGUCAAAUACUUAUUUCCCUCAUUAAAAUGCAAAUCAAUUUAUAACAUUUUUUACAUGCGUUUUUCUGGAUUUUUUUGUUGUUAUUCUGUCUCUCACUGUUCAAAUAAACCUACCAUUAAAAUUAUAGACUGAUCAUUUCUUUGUCAGUGGGCAAACGUACAAAAUCAGCAGGGGAUCAAAUACUUUUUUCCCUCACUGUAUGUGUUCAAGACAAAUAUAUUCAAAAUAAGUCUUCCCCCUCACUCUCUUUUUCACACCCCAGCAAUAUUGAUAUGCCAGGACUAAUUAGCUCUCAACCUAUACUGUACACUGCAGUAGUUUUCCAAUAGCCAGAUCCAUUUCCAUUUGUCAAACCCGCUCAUGCACACAACCCGAUAAUUAGACCUGUACCCUGGUCCGUUGACAUUCAGGGGGAGGAGAGGUGGGAGGGUAUUAUAUUGAUUGUGUAUUUAGGCAUUUAGUUAUGCUACAAAAAGUAUUGAUAUUCAUAUGUUUUCAUUAUUGAUUACGUUUAACAUCUCUUUUAUAAGUCUGUGAUAUUUAUUAUCAUGUUACGUGAUUGUAUGCUGAAUACAUUUCUGUAAGGAGCUAGUCGUGUAAAAUGACGUGGUGCUCUGUCCUCUCAAAACCUGUUAGCUUGUGUAUUUCUCCUGAAUGAUUCUACGGCUCUCUCAAUUGUCCUCCUUCAUGACACUGAUUUGAAAGAACUGCCCAGGUGAAAUCCAGCCCUAGCCAUGUUGUUUUCUCCUGUCAAGUAUUUUCCAAUCAUUGCAGAUAAAUGGGAGUGGAGGACAUACUUCCAAGAUAUUGAGAUAGAGCUCCAAAUCUCAAUAAAUGGGAAGACCCGCUGAGGGGAAAAUGGAGAAUGCUAUUCAGUUACUCCUAAUCCAACUUAUCAGGAAGAAAAACGUUGCAGUGAUUGACAGAUUUGAACGUUGGGAAUCCCUCUGGAGAAAAUGGAAUGGCAGCUCUCCCCUAAGGUGGCCCUGGAGGGACAUUGGAGACCAACAAUAACGAGCUGUCAAUCAACAUGUAGGCUAUUCUCUCAAUCUCCAGCUGUCUUUACCUCUCCUUCCUUCCUUAGUGUCUGUCUAGGGCUUGCCCCAAAGUACAGGGUUGAAAUGAGUUGAACCAGGCCAGUGUAGGCUCCUUAAUGUUAUUUCCUCAGCUAAUAAUAGAGACACUUUAAAUGUGUGAUGAAAGGAGGUGUCAUCGUCACAGCAUUAGUGCAGAUAAACUGAUAAAGGAACUCUAAACAGGCCUGGCUGGAGAAUGGGAUUGGCUGUGUCCCAAAUGGCACCCUAUUCCCUAUAUAGUGCACUACUUUUGACCCCAAAUGGCACCCUAUUCCCUAUAUAGUGCACUACUUUUGACCAGGGCCGAUAGGCAUCUCUUCGUCUUUCUCAGUACCCUGGUCUGUUACUCUCUCUCCCUCGCUCCCUCCUUCUUCCCCUCUCUUUCUCUCUCUUUCCCUCUCCCUCCUUCACGCCCUCCCUCAUUUUCUCAGUACCCUGGUCCGUUACUCUCGCUCCCUCCUUCUUCCCCUCUCUUUCUCUCUCCCCUCCUUCACGCCCUCCCUCAUUUUCUCAGUACCCUGGUCCGUUACUCUCUCUCCCUCGCUCCCUCCUUCUUCCCCUCUCUUUCUCUCUCUUUCUCUCUCCCCUCUUUCACGCCCUCCCUCAUUUUCUCUGUACCCUGGUCCGUUACUCUCUCCCUCGCUCCCUCCUUCUUCCCCUCUCUUUCUCUUUCUCUCUCCCCUCUUUCACACCCUCCCUCAUUUUCUCAGUACCCUGGUCCGUUACUCUCUCUCCCUCGCUCCCUCCUUCUUCCCCUCUCUUUCUCUCUCUUUCUCUCUCCCCUCUUUCACGCCCUCCCUCAUUUUCUCAGUACCCUGGUCUGUUAAUCUCGCUCCCUCCUUCUUUCUCUCUCUCCCUCGCUCCCUCCUUCUUCCCCUCUCUUUCUCUCUCUUUCUCUCACCCCUCCUUCACACCCUCCCUCAUUUUCUCAGUACCCUGGUCCGUUACUCUCUCUCCCUCCUUCUUCCCCUCUCUUUCUCUCUCUUUCUCUCUCCCUCCUUCACGCCCUCCCUCAUUUUCUCAGUAUCCUUCCCCUAAUGUCUCUGCUGCAUAAGCGUCCCAAUUAUCCCCCCUCCCCCUUUCCUCUCGCUAGGGACUGGUCCACGGGGGUUCCACUCCAAUAGGUUUAGCUGAUAGGGUGAAAAUGAAGGGCUGACACCUACUACUGGACGAUGGCUAAUCAAUGGCUAGAAGACACACUAAGGGUGCAUCCCAAAAAUGUUGUUCACUUGCUCACUUUCCCUCUGGAUUUUAAUAGACAUGAGUGGUAUAUGGAAACUCCCUCUAGCCAUUCCAAUGCUAUUAAAUGUGGAAACGAGUGCAGAAUUUAGGAGGGAGGAGAGAUUAUUGGGACGCACCCUUGAGGAUUGGGGGGCGGGUGAGGUGGGGCGUGUCUGGGGAGGUUAGUUGAAGCAGGAAGCAACAUAACAUUGCUUACUGUAUCCUAGUGUGGAAUGUACGCACAGUCAGUCAGGACAGCAUGAACUAGUUACAACCUUUACGCCAUUUAAAACUGCUGUUAUAGUAUCAGUAUUUUUUUUGUUGUUGACUUGGUUAGGAGUUGAGCAGACCAUUCCAGGGAGACAGUGUUACGUGCCAAGUGAGUCAGGACAGUCUUCAGAUAGUUUUUGCCACCGGACUGUUAUUCGAUAGUUAACCUGAGGAUUGACAGACAGGUGAGUGACUCUUUUUUUUUUUUUUUUUAAAUGCUUUCCUAGUUAGACUCCUAACCAGGACUACAAAUUAGUUGAGAAGAGAGCUCCGUCAACCUAAUGGGAAACGGCAUACAAUGAAUCAAAUAGAAACGGCUAUGAUGGGAACAAUGACUUGUCCACUAUUUUAGUCAGUCCUAUCCCUCUCUGUGCUAGGCCCUAGUGCUGAGCCAUGUUGUGUGGCAGAGGGCUAAGAGACGGGUUAGCAGGAUGCGUGUGUCUCCGUCUCCAUACAUACACACAACAGGUGUCCUGCCUGCCCCUGUCCUGAGUCAUAUUGCGUGAGUUGUGUGUGAGAGGGGUUAGCAGGACUAUGGCUGGUCCACACUACAGACCACAGCAGGUAGGGGACAGAACUGGGUCAGUGGGGGAGGAAGAGGAACCCCACAGCCCAACCCUGCAGCUGACCCCAGCCUAG